GUUCCCGCACUGCCCAGCACAGCAACGGCACGCACGGGCAUGGGCAUGGCAUCGGCCACCAGCUCCCGCCACCUCCUCCUUCUCGUCCUUUGGCUCAGCGCGUCCGCGAGCACUGCCUGGGCCCAUGGAGGUGGCGGACACGGCGACGGCGACGCGGACGGCGGCGCGAAGGCGAAGCCGGAUCUGCGGGCGCCGGGGCUGGUGGCGGUGAAGCUGUGGUGCCUGGCACUGGUGUUCGCGGGCACCCUGGCCGGCGGCGUGUCCCCCUACUUCAUGCGGUGGAACGAGGCGUUCCUGGCGCUGGGCACGCAGUUCGCCGGCGGGGUCAUCCUCGGCACCGCCAUGAUGCACUUCCUCAGCGACGCCGACGAGACCUUCGGGGACCUCGCCCCCCACAGCGACUACCCGUUCGCCUCCAUGCUCGCCUGCGCCGGGUACGUCCUCAUCAUGCUCGUCUCCUCCGUCGUCGCGCGCGGCCCCGGCCGGACCGCCCCGAGUGCAGGAGCGCUGGAGGAGGGCAAGCUGAGCAGCACCGAUGACAACAGCAUCGAACCACAAACAUCUGACGCGCACGGACCGUCGACUGCAUCCAUGCUACGCAACGCGAGCACCAUCGGCGACGGCGUGCUCCUCAUCGCCGCGCUCUGCUUCCACUCCGUCUUCGAAGGCAUCGCCAUUGGAGUUGCCGAGACGGAAGCCGACGCGUGGAAGGCGCUGUGGACCAUCAGCCUGCACAAGAUCUUGGCCGCGAUCGCCAUGGGCAUCUCGCUGCUCCGGAUGCUCCCCGACCGCCCCCUCCUCUCCUGCUUCGGCUACGCCUUCGCCUUCGCCGUCUCCAGCCCCAUCGGCGUCGCCGUCAGCAUACUCGUCGACGCCACCACGGAGGGCCGGGUGGCCGACUGGAUCUAUGCCAUCUCCAUGGGCCUCGCCACGGGCAUCUUUGUCUACGUCUCCAUCAACCACCUCCUCGCCAAGGGGUACAGGCCCCAGAGGCCCGUCGGCCGGUGGCUCGCCGUUGCGCUUGGCGUCGGUGUCAUCGCGGUCGUCAUGAUAUGGGACGCCUGAAUGUGGUUCAGGAUAACUAGAACCAUUUACCUAUGGAUGUAAGCAUAUUGUCCUGCUAAGCUAGUUGGACACCAGAUUUGCAGUACCAGCUGACCAAAUGAAGCAGCUAAUGACAGAUAAACAUGCGCGCUUAAUCGCUGGUUGAUAAACAUCCACAAUGACACAAUGUUAAACAUCCACAAUGCCACACACGACCUACCUACAUGCUU